ACAAGUUUAGAAAUCUGUCAGUUAAAGACACUGUUAAACCSGCUGUUUUCAUACCGCCAGCCGAGCUGUAAUUCCCAUGGCUGUAGAGCCGUAUUAUAGCGUGUUUGUCUUCUGGCUUAUUGUUUUGCUUCUGAUUGGAGACGAGAUUCAAGCACGUGAGAUUGUCACCAACAAAGAUAGCACAUUUGUAGUCGCCUUCCCUGCCCAAGAACCAAGCGCCGAAUCUAAAGGUUCAAACAAACUCUUCCUGACUUCAGACGAAGACGCUUAUGCACUGAUAACGAUCCCUUCGAUGAAGKRGGCURACARGUUCGUGACACUGCGUCCGGGGGGGACCAUGAGAGUCGAACUCCCUGGUAGUGUAAGAAUGACCAGUAAAACAGGCCUGGGGCCGAAGAAAGGAAUUAACAUUUUCUCCAAUUCAUCCAUCUCUGUGUACGGAGUCAGCAUGGUACAACAUUCCAGCGAUGGAUUCCUGGCGCUUCCAUUGAGUCUCCUAUCGCUAGGCAACGAAUACAUGGUUGUCACUUAUAAACCUGUUAUGAACUCCUUUGUCAUGGUAACAGCAAAACAUGACAACACCGAUGUCACCUUUCAUCUAAAGUUGUCAGGUUCUGGGGAGGUGAAUGUGGAGGGGCUAAAGUAUAAAAAUGGAGAUAACUUUUCAGUCUCUUUACAAGCKCUAGACUCAUUUCAGUUACUGGCGGACGACCUCGCUGGUUCCUUAACCGGAACUAGAAUUACAUCAACUAAAACAUUGUCAGUUUACUCGGGCAAUGACUGCGCCAAUAUUCCCGAGAAAAGUCGGAGCUGUGAUCACUUGUUAGAGCAAAUGACACCUAUUGCAACUUGGGGAAAUGUCUUCUUGGUUAAGUCAACGGCCUAUCGAGGAGCUGGCGAUGUUUUCUACAUCUUAGCAUCACAAGACCAAACCAAGAUUACAAUAGAACUUCAGAAACCAUUUUACACCACGAUCAAUGCCAGCCAGUUUUAUGAAUAUCAGUCGAAUCCUGGGGCGAGCGUUGUGAUUCGUACAAGCAAGCCUGCGCUAGUGGUACAGUUUGGUAAAUCUCACUCGGUUGACAAUUCAAAGUUCGCGCCAUUCAUGAGUAUUGUACCACCUAAUGACCAAUGGUCAAACGACUAUACAMUUGUAGUACCUACUGCUGCCUCUGGAGCUCAAGGGGCGCCGAGUCCGUUUAAGUGCUUUGCCAACCUUUUCGCUGAGACUCGACAAACGAAAGAAAUCGAAUCAAAACCAGVCGUUAAUAUUGCAUGGCAACCCAUUCCUUUCUCUUUGUAUUCAUCGGCUACAGUGAACUUAACUUCAGGCCAGUACCGUUUAUAUCAUAAAUCGCCUUUGAAGUUUUUUUCGGCUAUGUUCCUUUGUAAUGCGGACUAUGAAGCCUAUGGUUUCCCUGCAGGCUUAAGAAUCUUUCGACGCUCUUCGAAAUGUCAAUAUCCGAAUAUGAUCCCUGCGGAUCGAAGAGACAACGAUUGCGACGAUCGUGCAGACGAAGAGUUAUUGAAUGGUAUAGAUGAUGACGGAGAUGGAAAAUUUGACGAAGAUUUAGCCACGCCUAUACCUGUAUUGCAAGCGCCAGGCAAUGUUGUGGAAAGCCGAUGUUAUGAGCCUAUGUAUCUAUCAAGAAUAGCGAGCACCCCGCCUUAUAUAGCCUUCGGAAUGUGCAACAUUCGAGGCGAUUUAAAGAUAGUAUACAGGGACGUCUCUUUAUCAAGUCAAGGGUGUUAUGCGCGCAAAAACCGUACAUGGACAUUAACCGAUGGCUGUCUAAAUACAAUACGACAAAGCCAGAUUGUUAGUACUUACCUGAAGGAGCCUUUAAUGGUAGAAUUCCCACGCUUUAUCCCGUCUGAAAGUUGUAAUUAUUAUAACCUGGGUCAUAAUUAUGACUCAGGUAAGCCUACCAUAGUCUCAAAUUGUCCAGGAAAUCUGACUAUUACCCAUCAUGACGUUGGGUGGGAGAAUAUGCCAAAAUGCAGCUACACACACUCCGUGUCGGUGAAUAGGACAUGGAUUGUAACCAAUGGUUGUACCACAGUAACCGGUGUUCAGAUUAUAACGUUAAAGCUACAAGGUCAUCGUCCAUAUGUAAAAGUACAAAAUCAACCAGUUUUGUCAGCCRCUGGGAAGAACAUCACCCUGGGAUGCRAGGUCAGCGGUGGAGCUCCUAAACCUACSGUCACGUGGGUAAUGCCUGACGGGCAAACCGUCAACAAGACCAAUUCCAUUCAUGAUAUCGARGUCCUGGAUGAUUUAAGUAAACGGCACAGAAUUAAGAGUGUUCUGGACGAUAAUUCAUUGUUGAUCGCAGGGACUCGCGUCCGAGAUACUGGCAUUUAUCGAUGUGUUGCCAACAACCCUCUUGGKAAAAGUACGGGUACAGUGAAUGUUACGAUACAUGACGACCUUAUCGAUGUAGAUGCCAGUGUAACUAUUAAAGACUUAAAGUUUAAUCCAAACUUAAAUAAACCCAUCCUGGAUGAAGAAUUAGACCACGAAAUAAUCGAACUCAAGAGAAAAAUAAAAAANUGCUGA